AUGUGCAGAUACAAUAUCUUUCAGCACGCUUGUGGGCAUACUAAUCCAGAGCAUUUCCCCACCGAUCACAUGUCCUAUCACCGAGACUACUGCGACCUCGCGGGCAACCAAGUGGAGGUCAUACUGAACUGCGAAGCUGCAUAUCAGAGUCAACGAACUGUAGAAAAUGCUCAACGAGUAGCUUUCGCAAUACAUGAAGCAAGAGCAGGCCCAAAUUACCGGCCUGCUCGAACCAGCACUCAACCACCACCUCAUCUGCCGGAAAAUGAAGGUCCAAGUAGGUCACGCUCACCAGGGCUCCAUCUGCGACGCCCACUCCGAGAUCGAUCCUUGCGCGAGAAUCCUCCUCAAGGCGGCCAGCGACUUCCAUCAUCCCAAAUUAACCCACAGUACCUCUCGUCCGGAAGAGAGGUUUGGGAUCUACCACCACCCCCACCAUAUCAAGUUCCUUUGUCGCCAAUGAUCAAUUCCGGGCAUCCACUCUCUCCGCAACCUAUGCAAGCGUCUCCAUACGGGAAUGACAUAAGACGUUUACCAACGCCGUCAAUACUUCGACAGCUAGGACCACUACCACCGAACCGAGCCUCCGCAUCGCCGCCCGGAGUUCCGCCUUACGAACCGUCGCCGGGUGGACCACGAAUGGCUACGCCACGAAUUUUGAGGAAACGGUCGUGGUCUCCCGAAGAGGACGGUAAGCUUAUCAACAUGAGACUGCACGGUCAUACGCUUCAAGUUAUCGCGCAGCAACUUCCAGGCCGCACUCGGGAGGAUUGUACUUCACGGUGGGAAGAGUUGCGGCGCCAGGGGGGGAUACACCCAUACUAUUGGCCAGCUGGCAGUGGUGCUCAGAGCGCGGGCUCAGCCUCCCAGCACGCUGCCCGAGAACCAUCAGUCACCGUGGGGCCCUCGGACGCCGGGACUGUGCCAAGACCAUUGUCACGAGCGAGAUCGCACUCCAGAACUAGAGCACUAGCCGAAGACGUCAGAAACUACCACCAGGCCGGGCCGAGGGGCGAGUCUAGGGGUCGUUCACGAGAAAGAUCGCCAGGGUUCCAAGCCAGCACUCUUCGCCGGAUGGGCAGUCACUCUCGGAGUCGGAGCUCGAGUCAGAGCGGAUACCCGCCUCCGCUCACAGCGGCGCAAGGGAUGAUUAGAUCUCGGAGUCACAGUGUUGCCGCAGCGUCACGCAGCCCGGCGCGUCGACCCCAACCUGUACGGAGAGUCACCGCCAGUCCAUUCAUGCAGCAAGCUGGCAUGUCACCAUCGCAGCAAUUAGUUUCCAGGCCCGGUAUUCCUAUUGCAGGUCAACCUAGGCAGCAACGCUCUCGAUCAUCUUCGCUGGCUGGGGUCCAGUUGUCGCCAAGGCCGCUUUCUGCCUCAGAGUUCCACCCAGCGAUACAAAGCCGUCCAUCUUCGCGAACGGGGAGACCGUCCGUGGGCAGAACAGGAAGCACCAAUCCCGCUCGGGGUUGAAGUUGGAGCCGCUCUGUCGCUGGCCAGAGCGCGCCUGAGAUGAGCGGCCUGCCAGGUACAAGAGGCGAUAUUAGCUUCGGAGAGAUGACAAAUCACCUCGGUCAACAAUCACCCCACAUGUAAACUGUGACCAUCAGACAAAGCGGGCACAGCAUGCGCC